AAAAUAUUUAACUUGGUGAUAUGUGAGAUAUUUACCCAAAUUUUCUUCGUGAACUCUUGAUAAAAAAGGGCUUACUUAAAUCUCAAUUUUCACCACGAAUUUGAACCACUAGAAUCAGACUAGUGAUGAAACGUUGGGAUAGUAUAUACAAGUCCUAGAUUAGCUUUGCUGCUGCUUCUGCCAUUAUAAUUCUUACUAAUAAACGAAAAUUCACCACCAAUUUGUAGUUUACGAGGGAAGAAUGAGUAGUAGCUUCACUUUUCAAGAAUUCAGGAAAUGUUUCUGAUCGCGCAGAUACCCACUACCACUAAUAUUAAACGAUAUCAACAGCAUUCUCUCGAUGUACGCCUUAUUUUGGAUAUUGAAGUGAUCCUUUGAGAACUUCACCUUUGAAGAUUGCCUUUUGCGUAAAAAGCACAAAGAGAAACAGUUUUCAACCGUUUCCAAAGAGUGAUAACAAAAGCAACAAACUGAAGGGGUUCGUGUGAACAAAAUGACACGAGAUUCGAAGCUAGUGGCCUAUAUAAGAAUUUCUCGAAUUGGACCUGACAUGUAUGAAGAGAACUACCACAUGAAAUUGCGUCUCAACUCAGGCUCAAAACUUCACUUUUAUUUUUUUUUAGCCAAAUUUAGUCACAAUAGUAUCAUAAUUGGGCAACGUGGAGAGAGGUGGAAAGGGAAAUAACACUUUUUUUUUGUGGGGUUUGAGAAAGAAUUGAUUACACAAUUAGUGUUGGUAAUAAUUUAUGUUUCCCACUUUUGUUUCCCAGUCAGAAAAGAUGGAUUUAAUUUUAGUUCUUUGCAGACUUUACUAGUUGAAAGAGCAAGGGGGAGCCUCUUUAUCUUUACUUGUUUUGGAGGAAAAAAACAAGGUUUUGUGAGUGGAAAGGUGGGGUGUAAAAGGCAAAGGUAGGCAUGAGUGAAAGGAAAGGGUAACAAAUUUGAAUUUCAAUAAGAUUAUAAUUUUGGAGUAGGGAGUGUUGGUGUUUGAGGUAGUGAAUGGUGAAAGGUAAAAUUUGAAGAUUGAAGAGGCAGCAUGCAAGUACAGGAAUUGGACUACGUGAUGGUGCCUUUGGGUUUGUUUGUGUUGGGAAUUUAUAACGUUUGGCUUCUCUACACUAUAAUCCGCUACCCAUCUCGCACUGUCAUUGGCUUGAAUGCUCAGUCUCGUUACCAAUGGGUUCUUUCCAUCAUGGCUGAUCCCUUGAAAAAUGGGGUUUUGGGCGUUCAAACAAUCCGCAACAAUAUCAUGGCAUCCACUCUUCUUGCUACAACAGCAAUCACACUUAGUUCACUUAUUGGCGUUUUUGCAAACAAUGACUCAGACACCAAAUUAGUUUAUGGCAACAAAACUUCCCUUAAUUCUUCAAUCAAACGCCUCUCCAUCUCACUAUGCUUCCUAGUUGCAUUUCUAUGUAAUGUGCAGUCCAUUAGAUACUAUGCACAUGUGAGCUUCUUGAUCACCACACCUGCACUGAAGGGCAAAAAGGAUUUCAUUGAAUAUGUUGCAAAACACUUAAACCGUGGUAGUUAUUCUUGGUCUCUUGGCUUGAGGGCAUUCUACUUGUCAUUUCCUCUUGUUCUAUGGAUUUAUGGGCCCAUACCCAUGUUUGCUUGUUGCUGCUUGACAUCAUUUAUUUUGUACUUCUUGGACACAACCACUCAAAUCACACGGGAUCUUCACACUAAGUCAUUCAAUAAGAGGGAAACUGAGGACACAGAAGCAGCAGCAUAGUUCCAUCAUUCUAACUGUUCUUGAACUUGACAACUGUUAUCUUUAGCUUGUAGUAAAGAUCAAUUGUAGAUUUUCUAUGAUCAUCUCUGUAAUGAAAUUAUUGUUGGUGAAUUAUUGUAUAAUAUCUACAGUUUAAAGACUAUGCACCGAUAAUGUAAAAUACUUUUACACCUUUAAUCAAUUACAAUAUGACUUUUUA